CCACAACCCCAAGGGACAACACGACCUAGAGCUGCCUUUAUAUAAUAAAGUCUUCACUCCCAAAAUGUUUUACGAAGGAGAUUUACAGAGCGGUAUAGAUAAAGCGCUGCAAGAGUCAAAGCUAGUAGCGUGCUUUGUUACAGAUGAGGGAGAAGAGAGCCAGCUAUGGGAGAAUGACUUCCUAGAAGAGCCAUCUUUGAAAGCCUCUUUAUCACAAGAGACUGUUCUCCUCCGUCUCAAAGCCGGCUCCGUCGAGGCUGGAUAUCUAGCUGCUAUAUUCCCUUUACCUAAGACACCUACACUCGUGAUCAUACAGAGUGGAGAGUUGAAGGAAUACAUAACUGCAGGGGUCUCGAAGGAUGACUUCUUGAGACGUAUCAGAGUUCUGCUGGAAUCACGUGGAACUUCAAGCCAAACAACGCCUGCACCUGAACCAUCACAGACACAAGCUUCUAGCUCGACAGCUGCAAGCAAUGCCACAUCAUUACCUGCCGAAGAGGCGUUACAACCUGGGACCAACCAGGCCGCUGGACGCACAGCAAUCGGUAGAGAAUCUUCACCGCGUCUUGCACAGGAUCAGCCAGGAGAGGCCAGCGCUAGUUCAGACUCAGAGAGGAAAGAUCAAAAUCGACCAGAGGAAUCAGGGCGUAAAUCCGAGGCCCAAGGUCGAAAGCCCACUCCUGAAGAUACACCCAGUGUAUCUCAAAGACUGGAUAGUAGUGACAUGAGUUAUGCGGCCAUGCAGAGAAAGCGAUUGCAAGAGGCUAAAGAGGAGCGGGCACGUAUCCUUAAGCGCGUGGAGGAUGACAAAAUUGAGAGGAGGAAACGGGAAGCUGAACGGAAAGCUGAAUUAAAGGCCAAAGAGGCAGGCGAACAUUUAGGAGGCCAAGCGGAGUCGAGUAGAACAGAAGCGCCAAAACCAAGUCGAUCCAAAGAAUGCGCAAUACAAAUACGGCUAUUCGAUGGAUCCACGAUCCGUUCGCGAUUUCCUUCUUCGUCUACCCUUCGGGCAGAUGUGAGGCCAUGGGUUGACGAGCAUCAGGCAGGCAACGCACCCUACACUUUCAAGCAUGUCUUGACUCCUCUCCCAAACAAGAAUAUUUCCAUUUCAGACGAAGAACAGACCCUCGAAGCUCAAGGACUUACGCCCAGUGCUACUCUAAUUCUCGUCCCAGUUCAAGGUUAUGUCUCAGCAUACGAAGGUGGCGGUAAUAGUGGCUUGGUGUCCAAGACUAUUUCUACGGGGUAUGGCUUGGUCUCUUCUGGGGUGGGUAUGGUCAGCGGCCUUCUGGGGAGCUUCUUAGGAGGAGGCUCUUCCUCUUCGGCGCAGCAUGAACCGGCUAGUACUACACCUGCGCCGCCAUCAGCCCCAAAUAUCAAUAUCAGAACCUUGAGAGACCAAAAUCGACUCGAUGAGAAUCAGUUCUAUAACGGUAAUUCUCUUAACUUCGAACCAAGAAAUGAUGAUGAAGAUAAGAAGGAUGAAUAGGGAUAGCUGAGUUCAACGGUGGACGCAGAUAAUAAAGGCAAAGUACAGAGUAGAGCGCGGACCACGGGAGGAAUUGGGCUUGGGUUCAAUUUGUCCUGCAGGAGACGCAUUAUUCCGCCCCCGGUGACGGCCUUUCGGACCCGAAAAUGUACGUAUACUCAAAGUUCAAUACUGAGCUCUCGGUUCUGAAAAUAGAUAUAAAGAUACCUAAGAUUUGGAGACUGCUAUUGUUCGGUGG